ACAUCCUUUACUUUUACUUCAAAAUGUUUCAUUUUUGGGUUUAAGAAGGCAUUAUACAACUGCACGCUAAAUACUACCGUACUUUGUUGAAAUUUACUUCUCUAUAUUAUGGGAAUGGCAGUGGUUGCCGCGAGGGCUACUAGAUUACCAAUAUAUUCUUCAUUUGCCAAAGAAGGGAAUCUUAGCGACCUAUUUGCGAAAGGAGAGGCCAUAUCAACACUUUUCAAUGUUGUUGGAAUGAGAGUUGGGAUUCAGUUGGCAUCUACUGUUUGUUCAUCAAUGCAAGGGAAGAUGAUUGUUGGGCCUCUUCUUUCCAUUGUACAUGUGUUGAGUGUCGUUGAAGAAAUGCGAGCUGUUCCGGUCAAUUCAUUGAAUCCUCAGAGGACUGCCAUGAUUGUGGCUGAUUUUCUAAAGACUGGAAAGGUAUCUGGUCCUGCUGAUCUCAGAUAUCCGGAAGAUCUCCUAUGUCCUGGACGGCUAAUCGAAGAUGUUGGGAAUGUGAAAGUAGGGAGGGCUUUGCACAAAGUUGUAAAGCCUUCGAAGCUUCAGGAAUGGAAAGAAAUAUUCCCCGAAGAGAAGUUUGUCUUGAGUCCAGGAAAUAAAUGAUCCGACAUGUUGUUAGAGCAUAAUGCUACCGGAGAAGAUGCACUAAGAGGUUGGCUGGUUGCUGCAUAUGCCGCGAGCAUGGGGUAGUCCUUCCACGAGACAAGUGCCAGCGUCUUGCAAGAUGCUUACGACAAGAUGAACAUCGUUUUCACUCCAUUCCUAUGUGAGCUACAGGCUAAAGGUUGGCAUACCGAUCGCU